UAAUGAUUUUAAUAUCCCACCACCUUUCUACCUACGUUUUAUAUAAAACCAUCAUCAUCUGUAAACCAGACACUUUACCUCCAAAGAAACGAAAAAGAAAGAAUGGGGAAUUGUCUAAGGCAUGAGUCAGAAACGCACUGGUCUGGUGAAGAUUGGGAUGAUGAUUUCAUCACAGAACAUGAAGAAGAACAAGAUCAUCAUCAUCAUAGCUCCAAGACGACAUCCAUUAAGGCUAGUAAAACAGUAAUUGUCACGCAAGACAGUAAAUCAUCUCAUCAUGAGAUAAAGAUCAGGCUCACGAAGAAGCAACUCCAGGAUCUACUGAAUCAAGUCAACGUCCAUGACCUGACCGGUUCUGAUCGUAAAACUGAAGAAGGCAACCAUCACCGGUUAUGGACACCGGUUCUGCACAGCAUACCGGAGGUUUAAUUUAAUAUUUUCCCGGGAGAUGAUCAGACCAUGUUUGUAUAUUCUUUAGGGGUUGGUUAGGAUUUUGAUGUAAAUUUCCGAAUUAGUACACAACAUUUCUCCAUUUUUGUGUUGUCAGAUUGUAAAUAUGAAAUAUAAUAAAUCUAGUUGGGCUUUA